ACUUCAACUCCCAUGAUGCAACAGUGAGCCAACGAUUGCGUAGAGUGGAAAGUAGCUUUAGCUGUGGGACAUUCAAUGACUUUGUACUCGUGAGGAAAGUUGUACGCGUACCGGACAGGUCUGGAUCGGUAACCGCGCUAAUGGAGGCCCUCAUACCGGUCAUAAACAAGCUGCAAGAUGUUUUUAACACGGUUGGCGCAGAUAUAAUGCAACUGCCGCAAAUAGCUGUUGUGGGAACACAGAGCAGUGGGAAGAGUUCUGUUUUAGAGAGCCUGGUCGGCAGGGACAUCCUCCCACGGGGUACCGGCGUAGUGACGCGCCGGCCCCUCAUCCUGCAGCUGGUGCACAUCGACUCGGUAGAUCGCAGGAAAACCAAUGAAGAGAAUGCCUCAGAAUCCAAGCAAAUUGUUCACUUUUACAAAGGCAUCGAUGGAGAGGAAUGGGGAAAGUUUCUACACACCAAAAAUAAGAUCUACACCAGCUUUGAGGAGAUCAGACAGGAGAUCGAAGCAGAAACAGACAGAAUUACUGGUAACAACAAGGGUGUUAGUGAUGAGCCCAUUCACCUGAAAAUCUUUUCCCCCAAUGUUGUUAACCUGACAUUAGUGGAUCUUCCUGGGAUCACAAAGGUACCAGUGGGAGAUCAGCCCAAGGACAUAGAGAUCCAGAUCAGGGAGCUGAUUCUAAAAUACAUCUCCAACCCUAACUCCAUCAUCCUGGCUGUGACCGCCGCCAACACCGACAUGGCGACCUCAGAGGCUCUGAAAGUGGCCCGGGAGGUCGACCCUGACGGCAGGAGGACGCUCGCUGUGGUGACCAAACUGGACCUGAUGGAUGCUGGCACGGAUGCCAUGGAUGUGCUGAUGGGCAGAGUCAUUCCUGUCAAACUGGGUAUUAUUGGAGUAGUCAACAGGAGUCAGCUGGACAUUAAUCAGAAGAAAGUGGUGGCUGAUUCUAUUCGUGAUGAGUAUGCGUUUCUACAGAAGAAGUACCCCUCUCUGGCCAGCAGAAAUGGAACCAAGUACCUGGCUAGAACAUUAAACAGGUUACUGAUGCAUCACAUCAGAGACUGUCUGCCUGAGCUGAAAACCAGGAUCAACGUGCUGGCUGCUCAGUACCAGUCUUUACUGAACAGUUAUGGUGACCCCGUGGAAGACAAGAGCGCCACACUGCUGCAGCUCAUCACCAAGUUUGCUGCAGAGUAUUGCAACACCAUAGAAGGCACGGCCAAGUACAUAGAGACGGCUGAACUAUGCGGCGGAGCAAGGAUCUGCUAUAUAUUCCACGAGACGUUUGGGCGCACAUUAGAGUCGGUGGAUCCUCUGGGCGGUCUGACGACCAUCGAUGUGCUGACGGCCAUCAGAAAUGCCACCGGCCCCAGGCCUGCUUUGUUUGUGCCGGAGGUUUCCUUUGAGCUGCUGGUGAAGCGGCAGAUCAAGCGCCUGGAGGAUCCCAGCCUGCGCUGCGUGGAACUGGUUCACGAGGAAAUGCAGAGGAUCAUUCAGCACUGCAGCAACUACAGCACACAGGAGUUACUGAGGUUUCCGAAGCUCCUUGAUGCUAUAGUCGAGGUGGUGACUUCUCUUCUCAGAAGGAGACUCCCAGUCACCAACGAUAUGGUUCAUAACCUGGUUGCCAUAGAGCUUGCCUACAUCAACACCAAACACCCAGACUUUGCUGAUGCCAUCGGGCUCAUGAACAACAAUCUAGACGAGCAGCGACGUAACAGACUAAGAGACUUGCCUCCUUCUGUUCCCAGAGACAAGGCAGCUUCCGGCAGCUCUCAGAGCAUCAGUGAUCAGGUGGAUGGAGGCACCGGUAACUGGAGGGGCAUGUUGAAGAAAGGGGAGGAUGGUUCAUCAGGCGACAGGGUGGUGCCCCAGCACCUGCCCCCGGCAAGCCCCCAACGAGGCCAUGCUGUCAACCUGCUGGAUGUGCCUGUUCCCGUCUCCAGGAAGUUAUCAGCUCGGGAGCAGAGAGACUGCGAGGUCAUUGAGCGUCUCAUCAAAUCAUAUUUUCUCAUUGUUCGAAAAAAUAUCCAAGACAGCGUGCCGAAGGCAGUCAUGCACUUCCUGGUGAACCACGUGAAGGACAGCCUGCAGAGCGAGCUGGUGGGACAGUUAUACAAGACGUCGCUGCUGAACGACCUGCUGACAGAGUCUGAGGACAUGGCUCAGAGACGCAACGAGGCUGCCGACAUGCUGAAGGCGCUGCAGAAAGCCAGUCAGGUGAUAGCAGAGAUCAGAGACACCCACCUGUGGUGAGGAGGACCGGUCUUCAGCAAGGACGUUUCAUACAUCCUACACACACACACACACACACCACCUCAGGCUUAAUUUAAACAUGCGCUGCUGUUGAUAUGUGAAUACCAGAACCUAGUUGUACAGAACAGGAGCAGCUGCAUCACUAGUCAGUGUAUUUCAGUCCUUCCUCACCAGCAUCACACAAGCUCCGGUCCCAGAUGGUUCUUUUUUCCUAGACAUCAGAAUGCAUCACCGUGUGGAGCCUUGCUUAGAGAUGUCUGUUUUCUUUAUAGAUUAUAAUUGAAGCUAGAAAUGAUAAAAGCAAAGAAAAAUGGAGCUCAGCCUUAAUAAAUAUCAGGAACUGCUCAGAAUUGUUUUCAAAGGGAUAUUUUGAAGUCUCUGUAGAAAAGUCCUAAAGUACUACCCUCCUGUAUUCUGUCCUGGAUGGCUUUUUUAUAGCAUCACAAUCACAUGAGUUAUUUACAAGCAUCAGCAUCACCACUUGUACAGAAACACACGUCUAAUUAGCUUAAAUAUGUUUAUUUUAGACCUUUUUCUUACACAAACAACUGUUUUACCCAUUGGCCCUCCCCUUCAUUGAUAGUGUUAUUUUUGUACAGACGCAGAGCUAAACCAGUGUUCAGGUGGAUUUUUAUAUCCAAAGUGUUAUUUUCUGAUGCUUUGUUGGACAAAGAGACGCAGGUAUGGGCUGUUUAUGGUCUUCACGAAGGGAUCAGAGUGAGUGAAGUGACUUAUUUAUUGUUUUAAUCUCUUUGUAGUUGACAUGUACAACAUGAUAAAGAGCAUGUGCUGGUGAAGGCUCUCCAUCCUCCUGGACAUGGUCGUUUAAUCCUAUUAGGAUGAUGAUGAACACAUGAACGGAUAUGACGGUCUGCGUCCACUCCGUCAGGUUUAGCUUUACCUCAGCCGGCCGCCCAUCUUGCCCUUGCCACGACCUUUGGCACUGAAACAAGACCGUAAACACUGCUUAUAUAAUCAGACGGUACAGUUGAGGGUUUAGAACAUGAUCAUGUGGAAAUAAACUCGUUAUUAAAGACAAAGGUUCUGA